ACCACUGUAGUGUCCCUGCUAUUGAGGUCUAUAAAAAGUCACGAUUUCGACGUAUCCGUGUUCUGUUUGCUUCUAUAUUUGCGAUUUAAACCUCGCAGUCAUUGAAAAAUUCCAAGCACACAAAAAUGCGGCUUAUCGUUUUCCACUCUGGUACAGUCCAUUCGCCCCAGGGAAUUUCCGGAAAUUCACACCGGGAUUUUUAGUCGAACGUAACCGAAGCAUGCACAUUAUCACGGGCUCGAGCCCUGGGAAAGAUCGCCAACCAUUCUCGUCCCCAUAGCCCUUUUGGCUUCUCUUAGCUGGCGCGGCCUUGGCACGAGAAACGAAAGGCUCUGGGGACAUAGGAUUUUCGAACUACUUCGAAUGUUUUUGAUUGGCAACAAAGAAAUCUUGAACGGAAGUUAAAAUAUUCGCGCCGAUUUCUGUCGCGAAAAUAUGAAACAGCUGUGACCAGCGGUGUUUAAAAAUGGAGGACCAUCACAGAGCUGAUCUGCAAAUCGUUUAUCUUCACGGUCCGCAUCUCGCAUCAAGGCAUUUAAAAGCGAAACAACGAAAAUAAACAAUUCGGUUGUCCAUGCGAGGAGUCAAAAACAAAGGACAAUAAACGAAAAACCAAUGACUGUCGGUAAAAGAAAAAAAAAUUAGAGUGUUUCUCGUUUAAAUCACAAUGUUUCUUAUCGCCUCUUCCCAGUCGUGUUCUACACUAACGAAAACAUUCCCUAAAUUGAUACUACUUAAGGUCUGAGACCAAGAUUUCUCGAAUCAUCCCUCGACGGAAUGAAUACCGCAAGUCCUAAAAUCUAGGACUGGGAAAUCACUUGUCUCCAGAGCCCUUCGUUUCUCGUGCCAAGGCGCGCCGGCUAAGAUAAGCGAAAAGGGCUAUGGGAACGAGAAUGAUCGCCGACCAAGUGAAGACUGGACCCGAUAUCGUCUCAGCUGGCACAGAAUUACAAGAGAUCAAGUUUGAAGAUCUGUAAUGAUGUUAGCUGAACUCUCCUUGCUUUUUAUGCACAUUGUAACAGCAGCUUGUUCAGCCAACUACAUCUGGCUUAUGUAUCCGAUUGCUCAGCAAGCCCUGUAUGGUUACGAUGGAGUGGCGAACAAGUCAUACAGAAGCGAGAAUAUUUCGGACGGUGUAAAGUUCGUAACAGAAGACGGAAUCAACGCCUUGUUUGUGCCAGCAGGUAUACAGGUUGAUCUCGGUGACUUUGCUGGAACGUGUGUUAGUAACCCAAACCUGUGUAAGAACUUCACCGUGUCUUUCCUCCUCAAAACUGCUGCCAAUAAAAGUCUUAUAGUUCUGGACUCUGGGAUAAUGGAUCCCACAGGGCAGGAAUACGAAUAUGGAUGGUCGUUUAAAGUUAAUAUUAUAGGCGAUACCUCUGCUGCAGUUGUUACUUCAGGAUUACAAGGGGAUGGUCAGGACUUCACAGCAAAAGGAGUCUGGAUCCAUAUGGCAUUUACUUCUUUCCAGACAUUUACCAACAAUGUUCGUCUCUAUCAGAACGGCUCCUACCGUGCUGACGUAGCAUUCGGUGCUACUUCAUAUGAUCAAGAUAAGAACACUCAUUUAAAACUUGGUGAUGUAUCCAACACAGAGGGAUUUUUUAUUAGCAAUUUGCAGUUCAUCGGAAUCGCGCUGAGCACAGAGGAAACCAUGAAAAAUGGAAACAACAGUUUCGAGACAGCAAUGUGGACUCAAAACGUUACGAUUGAAAUCCUCCAAGAUGAAGUAACAGUACGUGCAGAGACUGGUACAGCAGCAAUUCCAGUCCGUCGCAACGGAUUUCAAGAGAUAGCUGCAGUAGUUGAAUUCAAUACAACCGACCUCACCGCUAAGAGUUCCACUCAUUACGUGGGUUUCCUCGACAAACAGUUGGUUUUCGCACCUGGAGAGGUUUACAAACACGUGGAAAUUCCUAUCAUCAGGCGUGCAAUCUUUCAAGGCAGCAAGACCUUUGUGGUCUCCUUUUCAAACUCGCCAAUUUUGAAAGGUCCUAUGAAAGUCAAGGUCACUAUUCUUUAUACAGGACCUAACCAACCAGAGGGAUCAGCAAAAUAUGGUAAAACAAAUGUUUACGUCUGUUUCACAGCAUUCGUUCCAUUUGUACAUGUCUGCCAGCCAGUAAGCCAGCCAGCCAUCCUGCCUGGCUGCCUGUCUGUCUGUCUGUCUGUCUGUCUGUCUGUCUGUCUGUCUGUCUGUCUGUCUGUCUGUCUCUCUGUAUGCUUGUCUGCCCGCCCGUCCGUCCAUCUCUAUUCGUGUCCGUCUGUCUUUCUGUCUGUCUAUCUCUUUGCUUUCUUUCUUAUGGUUUUGGUUAAAAUGUUAGUUAGUAUUAGUAACGCGCAUCGCAUUCUACUUCCAGAUUGUACGUUAUACGUGCCACGAUUUGAUAUGCUGCUUUGUUAAUACAACAGGUAAAGGCUGCUAUCUUCUGGUUGUUGCUAUGAGUAUGUGGGCGCACAUCAUCUCACGUCAUUCAUCAUUUCAUUAGACUCUGGU